UCCCCCUUCUUCCUCUGCUGCACCCCACACCCGGGCUGGCCCGAGCAGGGUCUGUGACGCCGGAGGGAACCGCGAGCUGCUUCUCCGCUCCGGGGUGUACUGGGGCAGCCGCUGCUACCUGAACCCCAAUUUGAUGUCUCCUUCUGGUCGCUUGUGUCUCCUCGUUGUGCUGGCUCUGAUGCUUCCCGCCACAGGACAGGACACACCCAUUCCUCCUACAGACUCAAUUACUGUGAGCGAUUAUGACAAGACUCCAGUCCUAGUCCAGACUCCAGGCACAGGCCACUUGGAAGAGCAGUCCACACCUCCAAACCCACCCCCACAGCCUGAAGAAGAAACAACUCUGAACCCAAGAGAGAGCCUGACUCUGAGCCUGACUGAAAGAGACGUGCUGCUCACUCCCACCACAGGGAAGGACACGCAGUCCACGCAAGGCACCACACCUUCCAAGAAACAAACCCCAGACAAAGAUUCCAGGAUGAACCCUGCCCCACAAGAUGGAUCAACUGGUUCAAAUGAGGAGAACCCUUUCUACUAUGAUGUGUACACGCUCCGGAAACGGGGUUUGCUGAUUGCAGCUGUGCUGUUCAUCACGGGCAUUGUCAUCCUCACCAGUGGCAAGUGCAGGCAGUUGCCUCAGUUAUGCCAGAAGAACCGUAGGUGAGCCCAUCAGAAGUGGGGGCAGAGGACCUACUGAAGCCCUGACACCCAGCCGCUACCGCCUUCCGUGCCUGCUGCCCCUUUGUCCCCCACCACUCCCUCACCUGGAAACUACAGAGUGGACAGUGAAGCCCCACUGUGGAGACAGAAGCAGAUGGAUCCCGAACUGGGUCAGAGUCCCUGACCCUGGCCUCAUGGCUGCCCAGUACCCCUGGUGCUGCCCCCCAAGUUAUUGAUGCUGCUCAGACAAAAAGUAAAACUACCGUGGUCCUUG